UUAGCUUCGAUUCAGCCAAUAAUUUUCAUAGCUUUGCUAAUAGGCGUUGUUGUUGUGACAUAUUGCUCAGGGAUGCGAUAAAGAGAUGUAAUCAUAAAGACAAUUGCAUUCAACGAAGUGAAUUCAGUUGCAUUCAGUUGGCAUUGCGUGACGCUGUGUGAGUGCACUGGCUGGAUGCUGUCUCCUAUAUCCGCUGUAUCAGAUUUGUCCGCUAUCAGCAUCAUUGAGAAUCCGAGUGACGUUUGGUUGUGUGUGAGCUAUUUGUUAGGCAGAAAAGGUGGAAUGUACAGAUGAGGAAGAAAUAGUGUCAUUAAUGUGACUCAUUUGCUUUACUUAUGAUUUACUCGAAUUCGGACGUUGAAUAAGUAAACGUCGAUAUCAUGGUCACUUUCACAGUGUUCUUGUAAACAAACUAGAAGUGGCUUGCCAUUGUAAAAGUGCCAUGUGAAUUAGAUUUAAACUCGGUUAUAGAGAGAAGUAUUGUUUAAGGCGACAAUGGGUCUGCUUACUGAUAUUGUCAGACCAGAAUCUAUUGACAAGGCAUCUUCCAUCAUUUUGAGACUGCCAGGUUUAUUUAUUCUUGAUUACUACUACCAAACCUACUCCAAGGAUGAACCAAAAAAUGCUGAAAACCGUGAAUAUGCCACAAUCAUCAAUACUUUCAUGGUCUUCCAAGCUACAUUAUUUAUCCUUUUGCCUCUGAGGCCCCUUGUCAAAAUGUAUAAACAUUACUUUAGUGCUGCUCUCCUUGGUUAUGCUGAAUUGUACUCCCGGCACUAUGUUUCAACCGAGCAUAGCAAGGAAACAAAUAAUCUUGGUCUGAUAAUGGCUUUGUCUUCAAAGUUUAAUGUUGCUGACGGGCACUUGAACCACAUUCACCAUCAUAUUGAAGCACUCUGCCUGCAUGUGUUCAUUGCUGCUGCAGUGGCUUACUUGCUGAAUGUUACAUGCAGAGUCAAGAAGGCAUUUCUCUCAGUUUAUACAGUCCCUGUUCUUGCUAGGCUGGGUAAUGUACCAUUAGACUAUUUAGAUACUCUUCAUAAAUGUUCCAGCAUUGCCACAUGUCUGAUGAUCCUGAUGUAUUGCCUGUCACUUCUUCCUGGAUUCUUCAAAUACGUCAAGAAUAUUUACAGAAGUCUUCAAAGUGAUAUGUUUCAGAAUCCUAUUGAAAUUCAUAUUCAACAUAUUUUAUGUGAUAAAUUUUAUGUGAUGCCCCAGUUUUUUGUGUUUUGGUGUUCUCUUCUGGCAGUUCAACUUUGUCGUUAUUGGUAUCCCCAGAUUCCACAUAUUGGAACUACAAUGCUAUAUCCUUCAGAAAAAAGAUGGUAUUUGUUGUUUUUGUAUGCAGUAUCUGAGAUUUGUGCAUCACCAUUAAGUCUGGUUGCUAGCUGCAUUACCAUCAUGUAUACAUCUUGGGCUGUUCUUAGUUUCACAACUGUUCUUGCGAAAGGACCAGUUAUAGGCCACAAUCUGGCACGUCUGGGCACGGGGGAAGGGGUGACGAUGGCUUUGCUCUCCCUGCAGACUGGCCUUGUUGAUCUUCCAAUGCCACAAAGAAUUGGUGCAAUGUCUGUCAUCCUUUUCAUAGUACUAGGCUCCCUGGUUCAGUCAAUGCAUGAACUUGUGGAGCCAACUUUACUCUCAUUAUGCACUUCCCAGACAUAUUCGCUUGCUAGACAUGCUCGAGUCCUGCUUGUGUGUAUCUUCCUUUUUGUCUUCCCCCUCUACAUGACCAUCUUCCUGUGCAGACUUUUUGAUGUCGAUUUUUGGACUCUAGUAGUUGUAUCAACUUGUGCUUUGACAUCAGUCCAGGUUUUAGGGGCUCUUACUGUCUAUGGACUGUUUAUGUACGAUGCAUUGCAAAAGGAUUCAGGAUGGGAAUCGCUAGAUGAUGUUGUGUAUGUGGCACGUGCUGUUACUAGAGUUUUGGAAUUUGUUGUAGCUGUUCUUGUGGUGGGAGCAGGUGUGCGAGAAUCAAUCAUGCUAUCAUCUGAAGGUCGACCUUGGUCAUGGUUGAAUGGAUCUGUGCUUGCCAUUCACUUUUACUUCAAUGUGUACCAACGGCUUCAGUCAGGGUGGCGUAGUUUCUUGCUGCGAAGGGAGGCUGCCCGAAAGAUCCACUCAUUGCCGAGCGCAACCCCAGACCAACUGAGGGCAAGGUCACAUGAUGUAUGUGCAAUAUGCUACAUGGAGAUGAAAAGUGCUUGUGUGACACCAUGCACUCACCUAUUUCAUGCUCCUUGUCUCAAAAAGUGGCUCUAUGUCCAAGACAGGUGUCCAUUAUGUUCUGCACAAAUAGUUUUCAAUAAGACAGAGGAGGACACUGACUCCACCUCAGGAGCAGUUGCCACUAUGUCUUCGUCAGAAAAUUCAUCUUCCCCAGUCAUUUUCGACAGUGGUGAAGGAGAUGAUGAAAAUUGUCCUGAUGCACAUCAUAACCACAAUGUGGAAAAUGAUGUCAUUGAUUCUGAUGUUGACACAGAAUUUCCUAUUCCUUCUAGUCAUACACAUUGCAACUCUGGUUGCGAUGAUUCCUGUUCUUCGAAUCCAGUUGAUUUGACAUGUUGUUCCAGUGGUGUAAAUGGAGAGCAUGUUGAUGACAUUCCUGACAACGAGGAAGAUGAUGAGAGUGCCAAAUUUAGAAAGUUUUUAAAGACGAUGAAAGGCUUCCAUGCAAUUUCUAGUCAGAUGACCUCCCCUGGUCCAAUCUUGAGAGCUUCCAAUGAAUGUCUGAUUGUUUCUGAUGGAGGAGAAACCAUCAAAAUUCCUCCAGAUUACAAACCCUGUGAAUGUUUUCGCUUUCCUGUAGCUAUUAAUCCCAAUGCAAACAGAAAUGGUAAUUGCAUUUUAAAUGUCAAUGACAAUUCAAAUAUGCAUAUUAAUACUAAUGCUAAUGGAAGUCUUCUGAACAUCAAUGAAAAUGAAUUGAAUGAUGAAAAUCACAAUCUUGAUGAUACCCAAACUGAGAGCAAUUAUUUUGUUUAUGAUCAACCACAGGAAUCAUCUGAAACACUCCAUUGACUGUAAACACGGCACAAAUCAGAACUUUAAUGUUACAGUCUACUCAAAAAUGUAACCUUGUCCUCAGAUUAGAUGUUUUUUCUGUAUAAUUUGAGCUCUGAUUAUUUAGAACAUGUCUAUACCGAGAAAAGACAUUAUUAGAUGUUGGUGUUUUAUUUGAUGUCUUUGUUAGUUUUAAGAUGUAAUGUAAUGUGGUGUUUUGUGAUGGUUUCUGAAUAGAUUCCCUGCUAAGUAAUACACAGAUAGCUGCAACUGUUAAUUCAGAAUAUUUUGCCUUCUAUGGAGUAAUGACCUUUGUAUUGUAUUUCCAACAUUAUUUUAUUAUUGUUUCUUUAACUUUUCAUUAUACUAAUUAUUUCAGUGGAUGACAUUCACUUCUAUAUAAGACUGAAUAGCAUUUGAAUAUGAUGCCAAAUUUUAGUUAGAAAAUAUUGUAUACGCCAACAUAUCGUCACUUCAUGGGUGUAAUUUUUAUAUUUCUCAUGAGUUGUACCAGGUUUAAUUUUUUGUGAGUAUGUUUUGUGUUGUAUUUUAUGGAAGCAUAACACUGGAAUAUUGCCAUUAUGUCUAAAUAUAUUUCCCUAAAAUUUUUAUAUGUCAAAGUGAUCUACAUCUGUAAUAGUAUUUCAUCUAGCUCUUCCCUUAGAGUAGAUCAGGGGUUGGCAUACUUCUUAUCAUGAAGACUGUCACUAUCGAAGUUAGAAUAAAGUUCCAUAUUUACCUGAAUAUAAGUGGACUGAAUGUAAAGCAACCUCCUAAUUUGAAGGGGAGAAGGUUUUUUCCUCAUAAUAAAAAAAAAAAUUCUUACUAUCCAAAGUAAAAUUGCAAAUUGUCUAAUUGACUAGAAAAUUGUCUUGUUGAUAAGAAAGUUAAAACUAAGUAUUGCCUGAGCCAUCACUUUUUUCCUAUUCCUUAAAAUUAUCCUUACCAUGGUUUUUGUCCCUAUCUUCACGCAUGUUAUUGUUUCUUUUUUGGGUCCUCACAUACUGCGUCGUCCUUCACCUAUUCCCCCCCACCCUAAAGUUUUGGCAUUGAAUUUGCAUUUGUCUUUCAUCUGAACAUUGAAAACAUACCCACUUGAUUCACAUGAUUUUCUUCGUGAACUCUCAUUCUUUAACAGAAUGUACUUGAGUUUUGUAUUGCUGAAUGCUUGUGAUAUCAGGUGUGAACUCAUACCACUUAGUUCCUCUGUUUCGCUAGUAAUGUGGGAGAGAGUGGCAAGCUCUAAAGUUAAAGAAUUUUUUUUUAAGAUAUUAUUUUUUCUCUCAUUUCCUCUUCUGCAAAAUGCAGAUCCGCUCUCGCUGAGCGUCAAAUCAAGGGCUCGCACAGCCUCUUUGAUCAGCGCAUAAUGAACCUAUGCCACGGUUUUUAUUAAUUUUCAUGUUGUGUCUAACUUACUACAAUACCACAUUCAUUAGAAUUUUUUUUUCCCAUCCAAAAACAGAGUAUGAACAAAUUUGAAGUGGAUGCAAUAAUAUGUAUGUAUAUGCAUUGUAUGUGCAAGUGUGUGUGUGUGUGUGUGUGUGUGUGUAUAUAUCUCUCUCUAUAUAUAAAAGCAUUUGAUUUCUUUUUGGCAUGGAAAGAUUGUAAAGUAUAAGAUGUAACCAACAAGGCUUAAUCUGCGAAAAGAAGUUUCCUGCAUUUUUCGAAUGAGAAACAAAGGAAAUAAACUAAUCUUAUACUCUGGUAAAUACGGUACUUUAAUGUCUUAUUUUACUCCCCAGUUGUAUACAAUAUUAAAGCCCAAAUUUUGCUAAUUUACUUAAAGAAUAUAUAAUGUGUAAAGGUGCAUAUUAAGUUUAUGAUUCAGUACAAAUUAAUUGUAUUGUGGGAUUCAAUAGUAACUAUAUACUGGAUAUGAGAUUGUAAUAACAAUGAGUCAAAAAUUGAUUUACCAAGCUGAUGCAUGCUUCAUAAUUUGUGAUAUGCUCAUACUAUCUAGAAACUACAAAGAUUAGUUACUGUUAUUGAAGACAUACCAAU